UGUUUACUUGCAUGCAUGCCACCGCGUCAGAGUAGCGUCGGGCCUGCCGGGCGUCGCUCUGGCAUCGACAAGGCACACGUGCCAUAUCGCGGAGAAAACCCUUUUGUUGGCAAACGAACCGGAAUUGCCAUCGAGCUUGCCCAGACAAACUCAGAUGGAUUUGAAGACUUUGGGGUGAUUAUGCAGGAGCAGUAUAAGGCUGUAGAGGCGAAGAAGUCGAGUUCAGGAGCAAAGAGAAAAGUAAAGAAUAAAAAAAAACAGGUAGAAGAAGAAGAGGAGGACGAUCUGGAUGGUGAGAUGUCGAUGGAUGUGGACAGUCCAGUGCAGAACAUUAGGGUACCUAACACCCCACGACAAGGGCGACCAUCAGGGCGUGCCUCUCGCUUCUCACAAGUCGAUUUCGACCAAGUUCCCUCUCCGCGGCCACUUGCCAACCGACGUUUAACGCCAGGCCCAGGUUCUUCACCUCUGAAACGCACGCUUAAUGCGAAAGAAUUUCUUGCUCGUGAUGAAGGGCUGUCUUCUGACGACGAGAAUUUUGCCGAGCCCGCGUACAACGACUACCAAGACGAUGACGAUGACGGACCCAAAGAGCUCAGCUUCACGGAAAUGCAUGACCAAGUCGACACAGACGACAUUGAGAUUCCACCUCAACCAGUCCUGUCCUCUUCGCCUCGAAAAGGGAAGCGGAAGGCACCAGACCCAGAUGAUGAAGAGGAACUUAACACUACUCAUGCCAUGGACUUGGAUUUGCCACCGUCAGACGAAGAACAGGACACUUCUUCUCCACCCCCUCCACCACAACGCUCGCCUCCAAAGAAGAAGGCCAGGCCAACCACACCGGAGCCAGAGCCUGAUCCCGAGCCUUCAGAAGACGAAGACAACCAGCCGUUAUCCCCCCAACAACCACGUUCUCCUCCCAAAAAAAAGACGAAAACCAAACCAGACAAACCCAAAAAUAUUAUCAUCAAAUCGCGUGGGCAGAAGGAAAAUCGAGACGUGCCAAAGGGGGUUCGUAGGUCGCAACGCGUGCCUAUUGCUCCGUUGGAAUGGUGGAGACUGGAAAAGUACGAAUAUGGUGGUCGUGAAGACGCCGAUGCGGCUGGUCCAAUGCUGGUACCUCAUAUCCGUGCAAUUGUCCGUGUACCCAAGGACCCAGUCGUGCCUCUUGGCUCCAAAAAACGGAGUAACAACGCCAGACGACGAUCAAGCACACCUGGGAGCAGUAAAAGCAAAGUCAAAAUUGUCGAGAAGAUUGUCGAAGUUCACGUCGACUCUGCUAAUCCUGAAGAGGGCUGGGAUGAUGACACAAACACGCAAGCACUUGUGAACUCAUAUCCAGAUGGCGAGCCGGUUAAGCGACGGAUUGCGUUUACGUCCAAGAUGUUCGCCCCAACCUCGGCUGGCAACAGUCAAUGGUCGUACCAGCGAAUAUUCGGCGACGGCGAUUUUAUUGCAGCAGGACAGAUUGUUAUUCCACCCAACGGAAGGAAACCUUCCAAGCCUUCAAAGGACAACACUUUUAUAUUUUACGUAAUCCAAGGCGCUGUCAACCUGAAGAUCUGCGACACGUCUCUGAUAAUUGCGGCUGGCGGGAUGUUCAUGAUUCCUCGAGGCAACACCUAUUUUAUUGAGAACAUCGCAGAACGGGACGCCAAGCUCUUCUUCACGCAGGCAAGAAAGACGAGGGAUGGAGAGGCCGCUGCAGACCAGGAAGAUGGUAACAGUGAGGCUGUAGUGUCGGCUGGUAAAGGAAAGCCGGCUAGAGCAGUUUCGCUGGCUAAUCCUACGCGAGAGACUUCGAAGGAAGUCGCCCGCCGCGGAAAAAGUUUGAACGUUUAG